AUGGCGACGACGUCGCAGCGUGAGUACGAUGAGCGCACCGUUCGAGACAUGGGAGGCGAUCGGAACGUCUUCGCCGGCCGCGCGUGCGACGGGUGUCGCGCCCUGGGGUCGGUCAUGGUGAUCGUGGUGUUGAUCAUAGUCGCGUUGACGUAUUACGCGACGGUGAUCGUGGUGUAUCUCCCGGAGGCGCGAGGGGAGGGUGAGGGGGCGACGCUCGCGCGGUGGGCGCUCGUCGCGUAUCACCUGGCGGUGUUCAUGUUAUUGUGGUCGUACUUUGCGUGCGUGCUCACCGAGCCGGGUGGAGUGCCGAAGGGGUGGACUCCAUUCCCGGAGGAUCCCGAGGAAGCGGCGGCGGAGGCGAAGAAGUCGAAUAGUGAGAAGAGGAGGCGGUUCUGUAAGAAGUGCUCGGCGUGGAAGCCGCGGCGUACGCAUCACUGCUCGGUGUGCAAGCGGUGCGUGUUGAAGAUGGAUCACCACUGCGUGUGGGUGGCAAACUGUGUGGGGGCAUACAAUUAUAAAUUUUUCUUGCAGUUCUUGGCGUACACAUUCAUCGCGACAGUUUUGGACGCAAUCUUGCUCUUGUCGAAUUUCAUCGACUUCUUCAAGGAUGUGGAGCAGAGUCAGGCGAGAGGGUCCACGGGUCCGGACGCCAAGGUAGACUCGGUGGAGGGGACGGAGCUAGCUGUGGUGUUCGUGACGUUCAUAAUCAACGUCGCUUUCUCGGCGUCGCUGUUGGGAUUCUUGGUGAUGCAUAGCAAUCUCAUCCUGAGCAACAUGUCGACCAUCGAAAUGUACGAGAAAAAGAAGAUUCUUCCGUGGAAGUACGAUUUAGGAAAGUUUAAAAACUUCAAACAAGUGUUUGGAGAGAACAUAUUUUUAUGGUUCUUCCCCGUACACUCUAGCUCGCACCUGGAUCAGGUGCAAAUCUUCACUGGCCUCGCCGACGGGGAGACGUUGGACGGAGUCGCGUACGCGCGCGCGUGUGAAGCCGAGCGCUCGAGCUUGCCCGCGCAGUCAGGCUCCUCGAACGUGGCGGCCAUGGGUAGGGGGAACAGCAAGAGGGAGAAAAAUAGAAAGGGCACUUAG